AUGCUACACCGAACCGGUCGCCUUGGCCGACCAGCGGUAGUUUGGCCUCUCGGACAUGGGAUAAGGCGAUCUUUUUCUGUGAAAAGUGGAACGGCGCUCUUCUACUACGGCCCGGCGGUGUGCCUGGUGCUGUGUAACGUCGUCUGCCUCGCGCUCACGCUGAAGAAAGUGCAGUACCUCACGCGCGGGAAUUCGGUUCUGCGCCGAGAGGAGCAGAGGAAUCGACUCGCAGCGGAGAACGACUGCGCUGCCGGCGACGCCGAGGGCGGCGAUGCGAGGAGACGAAAUGGAGGCGGCGGUCGAGCGGCGGUAGAUGCGAAAACGUAA